GUAUUCCAGAGUGCAGUCGGUCCGCACCAUUACCUGCCGAGGGUGGCGGAUCCUCACCUCCAUCCGCAGCAGGGCCGCUCUUUCCUCGCCUCUCUUUUCCCCCUUCCAGCUCUGUCCUCGACUCCCCUUGUCACUCCAAGCCUUUCUGUACCCCUGGCUGCCUAACUCCCACUGUGACUCUCUGAACUUUGCCCUCUAAACUCCAGGGUGAGAUCUCUAGGAAGAGAAUGGGGGUUCUGGGGUGGGGGCAAGGCCCGUCCCUCCUUCACCUGGAGAAUGGCCUGGUCUGUCAGGGACUGGGAGAGUUGGGAGAGUGAGCUCUCCCGAGGGACAGUGGUUAGGUCUGCCAGGGGUUCGAGGACAGAGGCAGGGCCGGGCUUGGAGGGGGGCGGAACCUCGUGGAACUCCCCUCCCCCACUUUCUUAAAGGGUCCAGCUCAUGCUGGAGCCGGUGGCCGUGUUCUGGUGGGUGGGUGCCCCGCACAAGGUCGGGCGCUUGUGGCCAGGCGCCGCGGGUGGGCCCUCCUGGUGGUCACGGUCCCCUCGGGGCUGCGCGCGCGCCCGCAGUCUCCCCCCCCGCCCCCUCCCGCCCUUCUCGUCCUUCCCGCUCCUCCCUCCCUCCUUCGCUGCUCUGUUCCCUCCUCCUGCAGUCCGUCCCCUCCUUCUCUGCCCAGCCUCUCCACAGCCGAGGUUCCAACACCUGAGGGGACAGAAGCGAACGCGGGGAGCUCCAACAGGCGGCGGCACCGGACCGCGGGUCCAGGGGUGGCCUCCGCAUGGCCCCACCGUGAGAGGGGACCCAGCGGCUGGGACACGAGCGCAGCCCUAGGGGCUGGCAGGGUCGGGUGGAAACAGUGACUGCCAUGGAUGAAGAAAAGCUCCCAAGUGAUCUGCACAAGGAAGAGGGUGCUAUCCAGGACCACAGCCUGGAGCCUGAAGAGGGUCCUGGGGUUCAGAAUGGAACAGCAGCCAGCGAAAGCCUCAACAGCCACGUCAUCAGUCCAGUCAGCGAGAAGACAGGCACCUUAGAGGGCACCAUGGAGCCCGUGGGCAACCCAGACGUGGCCCUGCCUGGCCUUAGCCUCUCUUUGACCAAUGGCCUGGCUUUGGGGCAGGAUGGGAACAUUCUGGAAGAUUCUGUAGAAUCUAGGCCCUGGAGAGCAAGUGGACCAGCAGAGGAGGAGGAUACCCCUAGGAGUCUCUGUCUAGAUGCUGAGGACACUCAGCUGGGGCUGGAUUGUCCUGGCGAACCGGAUGUGCGGGAUGGCUUCAGUGCCACUUUCGAGAAGAUUCUGGAGUCGGAGCUAUUGCGGGGCACCCAGUAUAGCAGCCUGGACUCACUCGAUGUGCUGAGUCUCACUGACGAGAGUGAUAGCUGUGUCAGCUUUGAGGCUCCCCUGACACCCCUCAUCCAGCAACGGGCUCGAGACAGCCCUGAGCCAGCAGGGCUGGGCAUUGGAGACAUAGGGCCUGAAGGGGACCUGGGGGCAGCUGGUGGUGGUGAUGGGGAACUGGGCAGUCCCCUGCGGCGGUCCAUCUCUAGCAGCCGCUCGGAGAAUGUCUUGAGCCACCUGUCUCUCACAUCGAUGCCCAAUGGGUUCCAUGAAGAUGAGCCUGGGGGCUCAGGAGGGGAUGAUGAGGAUGAUGAGGACACGGACAAGGUGCUGAACUCUGCCAGUGACACCAGCCUUAAGGACGGUCUGUCGGACUCGGACUCAGAGCUGAGCAGCUCUGAGGGGCUGGAGCCUGGCAGCACGGAUCCAAUGGCCAAUGGGUGCCAGGGGGUCAGCGAAGCCGCUCGCCGGCUGGCACGACGCCUCUACCACCUUGAAGGCUUCCAGCGCUGUGACGUGGCCCGGCAGCUGGGCAAAAACAAUGAGUUCAGCAGGCUGGUUGCUGGGGAGUACCUCAGUUUCUUCGACUUCUCAGGCCUCACUUUGGACAGAGCACUCAGAACCUUCCUGAAGGCCUUCCCACUGAUGGGGGAGACACAGGAACGAGAACGAGUCCUUACCCACUUCUCCCGCCGGUACUGCCAGUGUAACCCAGACGACAGCACGUCGGAAGAUGGGAUCCACACGCUCACCUGUGCCCUGAUGCUGCUCAACACAGACCUGCACGGACAUAACAUUGGCAAGAAGAUGUCCUGCCAGCAAUUCAUUGCCAACUUGGACCAGCUGAAUGAUGGACAAGACUUUGCCAAAGACCUUUUGAAGACGCUUUACAACUCCAUCAAGAAUGAAAAGCUGGAAUGGGCCAUUGAUGAGGAUGAGCUGAGAAAAUCCCUGUCUGAGCUGGUGGAUGACAAGUUUGGGACAGGCACAAAGAAGGUGACUCGGAUCUUGGACGGUGGCAAUCCAUUCCUGGAUGUCCCACAGGCCCUCAGUGCCACCACCUACAAGCAUGGUGUGCUGACCCGGAAGACUCAUGCUGACAUGGACGGCAAGAGGACUCCCCGAGGGAGGCGUGGCUGGAAGAAAUUCUACGCGGUGCUCAAAGGGACCAUCUUGUACCUGCAGAAGGAUGAAUACAGGCCUGACAAGGCUCUGUCCGAGGGGGACCUGAAGAACGCCAUCCGUGUGCAUCACGCUCUGGCCACCAGGGCUUCUGACUACAGUAAGAAGUCCAACGUGCUCAAGCUGAAGACAGCCGACUGGAGGGUCUUCCUCUUCCAGGCACCGAGCAAGGAAGAGAUGCUGUCCUGGAUCCUGAGGAUCAACCUAGUAGCUGCCAUCUUCUCAGCACCUGCCUUCCCAGCAGCCGUCAGCUCCAUGAAGAAGUUUUGUCGACCCCUCCUGCCCUCCUGUACCACUCGCUUCUGCCAGGAGGAGCAGCUGCGGUCCCAUGAGAAUAAGUUGAGGCAGGUGACUGCAGAGCUGGCUGAGCACAGGUGUCACCCACUGGAGAGAGGCCUCAAGUCAAAGGAAGCGGAGGAAUAUCGGCUGAAGGAACACUAUCUCACGUUUGAGAAAAGCCGUUAUGAGACCUAUAUCCACCUACUGGCUGUGAAAAUCAAAGUGGGCUCAGAUGACCUGGAGCGGAUUGAGGCUCGGCUGGCUACUCUAGAAGGGGAAGACCCAGCUCUCCGGAAAACACACUCAAGCCCUGCUCUGAGCCUGGGCCAUGGGCCUGUGACUGGCAGCAAAGCCGCAAAGGAUGCCUCUGCCUCCGAUACUUAGCUGGUGUGGCUGCACAGGCCCUAGAGGCAGGCAAAUGUCCCCAGAGGGGUCAGUGAGCACAAUUCUAGCCAGGGACUGCUUGGACUGAGCUCCAGGCAGUUAACAGGCAACCAGAGGGGUAUGGAGAGCCCUGUGUCCACUGAGAUGGAGAUGCCACUCGUGACGUGAUCUUCUUGCAUCCUGGGCCAUCUCUGGCCUAGACCCUCUCCUAGCCCUGAUGCCCUCCAGUCAUGGGGCCUUGGCUUGCAGGCCAGACAUGUUCUAGGGCUGAAGAAAUCCAUCAGUUUCCCAGGCUCGCUUCUCAUCAAGCUCCCCCCUCGUCUUGUAUUUGUGAGGGUGGGUCUGGACUCUGGGUCUCAGCUUGGUCAUCCACCCUUUCUCCUCUUUCCUCUCAGUUGACCAGCAGCAGGUCUACGGACCACCAGCAACCUUUGCAACUGGCCCAGCUCUCCUGCCUCACAUUGCAAUAAUCUGGGGCCUAACCUCGACUCAGUGCCAAGCUGGGUCCACUCAUGCGUGUGCCCCCUUCUCCUUUCAUCCCCUGAGGCCUCUCCAGCCUCUUUUUUUUUUUUAUACAGACACACAAAUAUAUAUAUGUAAAGAACUCAUUUAAAGAAGGGUGGGGAACUGCUACCCACUAGAGGAUGAAACCAGAUGAAUGAAAAGGCCCGUCUCGGAGCUUGGCCUGCUAGUGAGGAAGUCUGCAGUGGGCCCUCUGCUGCUCCCACACUCUGGAUGGAAGGAUGAAGACCCUAUGUGUUUUUACCCUUUCCUUUUCUGGCUUACUUGUGACUCACAAUCGCUUUUCCAGUUGAUGCUUUUGGACUGAACAGGAUGAGUGUGUGUGUGUGUGUGUGUGUGUGUGUGUGUGUGUGUGUGUGUCCUUCUCUAUCCCAGAAGUGUCCUGUGGGGUGAGUGCCUUGGGAGCACACCUCUGUUUUUGAUCUUCCUGUGAAUACUGCCAAGGUCUCUGAACUCCAGUGGUGGCCUCUGCACAGACCCACGGGCAGUAUGGAAGGACACUCUACCCUGCUAAGCACCACCCUCCAGCAAGCCCAGGCUGGGUGGUAGAGUAGGGUUAAGGAAGCUGUUAGUCCUUAGUCUUGUGGGGAAGGGGGAGUGACAAGGUUUUGAUUAGUGAUAAUCCUUUCCUUUUCCUAGCAAAUCAGAAAGGCUAAGCUAAAGACACGGUUGAGAGUAGAGACCCGAGUCUCUCACGGGUUGACAUCCUUUAAACACUGCAUCACUUAGAACAACAAGUGAGUGUGUGUGUGUGUGUGUGGGUGGGGGUAGCCCUUUUGACACAGCUACCACGAGCCAAUCUUUCCUACUGUUUGGCCAACAGUUUGCAGUCUUGGGUGACAUAAGCCUUCAACUAAGUGCUUAACACUUCAAGUCCACUCCCAUCUGAUGCAGGGAGCUGGGAGUUUGUGGAGAGGUGUAGUGGGUUGAAAUCCAAAUUGUUUAAAUUGGAUUAGCUGAAGUGCGUUUUAUAACCAAACCAUCUGGCCCCUUUGUUUUGCUCCGGGGAAGCAAAUGCUCGUUUGAAUGAGAUCAGGAAGGCAAUUUAGGGGGGCAGUAAAGAGAUCUCAGUUCUUUGUCCAGCUGCCUGAAGGUCCUUUGAUUUUCCAGCCGGUGUCCCACUCUCUGUAUCACGGGGUGGGGGGUGACAACAGAGGUGCAGGUUCGUUAGCCUCAGACACAUGUGAUUCCCCAAGCACUAGUUGUGCCUCCCAUCAGUAAAGACAUUUUUUAGUUCGCUUCCUUAAUUGUAUAAUUCUUUAUUUGUAAAUUAUAUACAUGUACUACUGUACUAAAAUAUUAUGUACAUUAUAAAACAUACACAAAAAUAGAAAUUUAAAAAAGAUGAGAUGAAAAUAAAUCUAAAUCAAAGUUCUAA